CGCUUUCUCUCCUCCGUCUGAGGGUCCCCAGGUCCUGCCGCAGUGCUUCUGAGCCACACUGAGGAGGGUGGAGGUUUGUUAAAAGAAAUGGCAUUCUAUUUGUGCAUUAUUUCUAAAAGUACAAGUACAAGAUCUUCGAGUCUACAGAGUCUUUGGUCCUCAAGUCUACAGAGACUUCAGUUCCUGUUCCAGUCCCUGCUUCUGAGUCAUCAGUUGCAGUUCCUGCUUCCGAGUCCAAGUCUUCACACUCCAUAGUUCAAGUCCACCAAGCAUCAGCUCCAGUCACAGAGUCUUCAGUUCCUGUUCUAGUCUCAGCAUCAGCGGCCCUCAAGCCGUCAGAGUCUUCAGUCUCCGUCUUCGAGUCAUUACCAUCCAAGCCUGAUCCUGUUUCAUCACAAUCAUCAGUUCCAGUCUCAACUCCAGUACCGCAAUCUUCAGUUCCUAAAAUCCCGGGUUGUACUGUGAAGUCCCCGGGUCAGUCUGUUCCUGUAUCCCCGGGUUUGAUUAUGAAGUCCCCGGGUUUGCUCGAUCCUGAGUCUACGCUGGCCUCCGAGUAUCCUGAGUCUACGCYGGCCUCCGAGUAUCCUGAGUCUACGCCGGCCUCCGAGUAUCCUGAGUCUACGCCGGCCUCCGAGUAUCCUGAGUCUACGCCGGCCUCCGAGUAUCCUGAGUCUACGCCGGCCUCCGAGUAUCCUGAGUCUACGCCGGCCUCCGAGUAUCCACAGUCUACGCUGGCCUCAGAGUAUCCACAGUCUACGCCGGUCUCUGAGUGUCCAGAGUCUACGUCAGCCUCCGAGUAUCCUGAGUCCCCAAGUCUACCUGUGUUUCCCAAGCAGGCCUCUAUUCCUGUGUUUCCCGAGCAGGCCUCUGUUCCUGUGUUUCCCGAGCAGGCCUCUGUUCCUGCUCCAGGCCACCGUCCUGAGAUCCGGCUGCCCUCCUGAGAUCCAGCUCUUCUGCUGCCUCCCUCCGAGCCUCCCUCCUGAGAUUCUGUUUCGCCUUGGUCGGGCACCAGGGCACCCGCCUGAACUGUGGCCCUGCACCAGAUGUGCCUCGGGCCAUCUGUGAACAUUUUUGUUUUGAGCUUUUUAUUUUUCCUCCCAGGACUUCCUGACGGUUUUUGGUUCGAGUUUUUGAUUUUGUUAUUUUCUUUUUUCCCUGUGCUCUUUGUCCUGUCUUUUCCGAGUCUCAUUUCUUCUGUUGUCUCUUGCCUCCCAUCCUGUUUUGUUUGUACCCCCCACCUCCCUCCCGUGCUUGUGUUUUUGUUCAUCGUCUGGAGACGAUUCCUUGAGGCGGGGUACUGUGAGGAUUUGUGUUUUGUGUAGGAGUCUGUGGUUUGUUGUCUUGUCUUCGAUCUCCCUCUUGUGUCCUCUUCACUCCGUUACUUCUCCUCAGUCCUCAGUUUUCUCUAGAUCUUUCCCUCUCACCUGAAUUCUCUUGUAAUUAUCUCAGCUGUUUCCAACUUUCACUCAUCCCUGUUUGUAUAAAUUCUGCUCAUUUUCUCUCCACCUCYGUCCGUUCAUUAUUUGGUUUUCCGCCCUGGCUUGCCUCCUUGUUCUCCUGCCCUCUGUAAGUUUUUGCUUUGUCGCCCCGUUGGCUUUAUUAUGUAAUAAAUACUUUUAUUUUUUGUA